AUGGUUGUAAAGGUCCUUAAACAGUAUUCUGUUGGUAGAAAUGGUCUUGGAGCCUUUUUAUUUCCAUGCAAAAAAAUCACGUUUCAAUAUUGUAAUUGGGGCGGGUCUUCACAAGGAAUGCGUGAUUUCCUAACCUCUAAAAGACUAACAAAAUGGGCUGAAAGGUACCCAGAAAUACAAUUUGAGGUAGUCAAAAAAUCUGGUCAUCCGGUAAUAAAAGGAUUUUACACAAAUGGCCGUGACAAGGCUAUUUGCGUUAGAAAUUUAAACAUAGAUAAUAUUGAGAACAAACUACAUUUGAUUAGAGAUUCAUCAGGAGAGCAACUACGUCACAGGGUCACUAAUGACUUUGUAGACUCAAUGAAUAAUAGUGUGAGAGGUAUUUGGUCUCCUAUGCAUGUAGAUCGUUCUCUAAGACACAGGAUCUAA